GCCGGGCUGUCUCUGACGCCUGCCUGCCACUGUGCAAGCUCUGGCCGGCACUGCCCACAGUCCCCAUGGUGGGCGGCCCCCGCAGCAGGGACCUGUGAUCAGCAGCGGCAUGCCAGGGAAGCCCAAGCACCUGGGCGUCCCCAACGGGCGCAUGGUUCCGGCUGUCUCAGAUGGAGAGCUGAGCAGCACAGCGGGGUCCCAGGGACAGGGUGAGGGCAGAGGCAGCUCCCUCAGCAUCCACAGCCUCCCCAGUGGCCCCAGCAGCCCCUUCCCCACUGAGGAGCAGCCUGUGGCCAGCUGGGCCCUAUCCUUCGAGCGGCUGCUGCAAGACCCACUGGGCCUGGCUUACUUCACAGAGUUCCUGAAGAAGGAGUUCAGCGCGGAAAACGUGACUUUCUGGAAGGCCUGCGAGCGCUUCCAGCAGAUCCCAGCCAGCGACACCCAGCAGCUAGCCCAGGAAGCCCGCAACAUCUACCAGGAGUUUCUAUCCAGCCAGGCAUUGAGUCCCGUGAAUAUCGACCGGCAGGCCUGGCUCGGCGAGGAGGUGCUGGCCCAACCCCGGCCGGAUAUGUUUCGGGCACAGCAGCUUCAGAUCUUCAACUUGAUGAAGUUCGACAGCUACGCCCGCUUUGUCAAAUCUCCGCUGUACCGCGAGUGCCUCCUGGCCGAGGCGGAGGGGCGCCCCCUGCGGGAACCUGGCUCCUCGCGCCUCGGCAGCCCUGACACCACGAGGAAGAAGCCGAAACUGAAACCUGGGAAGUCGCUGCCUUUGGGCGUGGAGGAGCUGGGGCACCUGCCACUAGCUGAGGGUCCUGGUGGCCGCCCGCUCCGCAAGUCUUUCCGUAAAGAGCUAUCUGGAGGGGUCGCAAACUCAGCCUUACGCCGAGAGUCUCAGGGCUCCCUCAAUUCCUCCGCCAGUCUGGACCUCGGCUUCCUUGCCUUUGUCAGCAGCAAAUCUGAGAGCCACCGGAAGAGCCUUGGGAGCACCGAGGGAGACAGUGAAAGCCGGCCAGGGAAGUACUGCUGUGUGUACCUGCCUGAUGGCACAGCAUCCUUGGCCUUGGCCCGACCUGGCCUCACUAUCCGAGACAUGCUGGCAGGCAUCUGUGAGAAACGAGGCCUCUCUCUACCUGACAUCAAGGUCUACCUGGUGGGCAACGAGCAGAAGGCCCUCGUCCUGGAUCAGGAUUGCACUGUGCUGGCGGACCAGGAAGUGCGGCUGGAGAACAGGAUCACUUUCGAGCUUGAGCUGGCAGCACUAGAGCGCGUCGUGCGAAUCUCGGCCAAGCCCACCAAGCGGCUGGAGGAGGCGCUGCACCCCAUCCUGGCUAAGCACGGCCUGAGCCUAGAACAGGUGGAACUGCACCGGGCAGGAGAGAAGGAGCCGAUGGAUCUGGGGAAGCUAGUGAGCUCAGUGGCGGCCCAGAGACUGGUUUUGGAUGCUCCUCCAGGUGGAAAGAUCCGUGAAACCCGAAACACAUCCCCCUGCCACAGCCAGGGAUGUCCUCCUAGAGCCCAGGAAAAGGCUUCUCAUCCCUCUCCAACGUCCCCCAGUUCACUGGCAGAGGCACCUAGUAGUUCUACUGGGAAACGGCAAACUUGUGAUAUUGAAGGCCUGGUGGAGCUGCUGAACCGGGUGCAGAGCAGCGGGGCCCAUGAUCAGAGGGGCCUUCUUCGAAAAGAGGACCUAGUGCUUCCAGAAUUUCUGCAGCUGCCUGUUCAAGGGCCCAGCUCCCAGAAGGCCCCACCACAAACUGAAUCAUCUGUCCAGCCCAAGGAGGGGCCCUCAGACUCUACUGUCCACCCAGCCCUCUGACACCUGUGUAAGAGUCCAGGCUGGCUGCAUGGCGCCUGGUGGGCCAAGCAUGUUAUGAGUCCGCUUUGCAUGCCCUGUCUGUGCCAUGGGUGUCCCUGGCCUCUUCCUGCUAUGGGCAGGCCCAAGCAAGAAGAGCCAGGAGUGGGUAGAAAGGAGACUCAGAGGAGCCAUACCCACAGCUGCCAUUACCUGGUCUCUCACAGGCUCAUUCAACCAUCUUUUGCAGCCAGGUCACUGGGGGGAAGGUGGGUAUGGCCCCUUGGUGUGGUUGUGCCCAACACAGAGGGACGGCUUUGGCAGUGCCAGCCUCCCCAGCCUGUGCCAAGUUUUAGCAGUGGGAAAAAGGAGGGGCUGGCCCCUUCUUAAGGAGUUGGUAUAAGUGAGGCCUGGGGGUGCAGGUGGGCAGCCCCUUCCUCCACCUGCAUAGACUCUACUGGACAUAUGGAUUUUGCAGUUGGCUUGGGGCAGCUGGGUUUGUCCUGGAUAUAUGAUAUUGUUAUUAUAAUAAUAAUUAUUAUUAUUCUACCAUGAGGUCUGUUCCUUGUGUGCCAGUC